AUGGCUCAAAAACGUCUCAUGCAGGAGCUGAACCCGCUCCAGAGGGAGAAAUGGCUCGUUAUCAACAUGGACGAACAUAACAUGUUCAAGUGGCGGAUCGGUCUCUGGGUCGUCAACCCCGACAGCGUCUUCUACGGUGCAUACCUCAAAAGCGAAAUGCGAUUUCCCCACGACUACCCCUACCAGCCACCGACCUUCCGUUUCCUAACCAAGGGCAUCACACACCCCAACGUGUACCCUGAUGGCAACCUUUGCAUCUCCAUUCUCCAUAAACCGGGCGAUGAUGAACAGUCAGGCGAAAUGGCCAACGAACGGUGGAAUGUUCUGCACGGGGUAGAAUCUGUCCUACGCUCUGUUCUGCUUCUGAUGGAUGACCCCGAAAUUAAUUCGCCCGCCAACGUCGAUGCAAGCGUUCUCUACCGUGACGAGCGGCCAAAAUACGACGCCCUCGCCAAGGAACUUGUCGCUCAAUCACUGAGAGAUGCUCCCGAGGGUGUCAGAAUGCCAAACACAUCCGAGCUCGCUCCUGUGCCUCAAAAAGUUGUCGAAGACGACGAGGACUUUUGGAACCCAUCUGAGGAAGAGGAAGACUUUGGUGGCAGCGAUAGCAACAUGGAUGACUUUGAGGAAGAAGAAGACGACGAAGAGGAUGAUAAGGAGUGA